UUUCAGACUGCAGAUGAGAGACUCAGGAGCAGAGACAAUUUUAACUUAGCCAUCCCUAAUUUAUCUCAAGCUUUUUCAAUUUAUCUUCACUGCUGUAUGCACACUGGAACACCAGAUUGCCAUCCCCUGGGAAACAGAACACAGCCUGGGAUCUCAGGAGAUGUCACAGCCUGAGAAAUAUUCAAAUGGUGCUGAUUUUCUUCUGGUAUACUGAGCAGAAGGAAUGAAACUCUCCAUCAAGUCCCUGCUUUGCAGGCAAUAGAUCAGAGGAUAUUGUCACUUUCCUAAUGGAUUAUUGUUAUCGGGCAGGUUCUUCCUGAAGAUGUUGGUUAGGAUAACAACAGCAGCUGGGAUUCCUCCAUGCAAUGCUAUUAAGUUGCAUUACCACCAUGGUUAAAAUCUCUGCAGAAGCAAAAAAGAGAGCUACUCACUUCUGGUUGCUGAGACAGACAUGAAGCCAGGGUACACACUCUAACAUUUGGGAUUAGUCAACCCACAGCUUUCAUGGAUGAUAAAUAUGCAAAAAACAUAAAGGGAUUCUCAACACAAACUCACAUUUGAAAUGCCACAGAAGGGAAAACAGCCUGAGAAGAAAGAAUUUCUGGGAGGAAAGUAACAGGAGGCAUUUGCCUUUCUUGAUGUCAGAUUUACCCUGAAAUAUUUGGACAAAAUGAGAUGCUUACGAAAGCGAUCCGCUGUAUCAUUCCUAGGCGUGCUUGUCGUUUGCUUGUUGUUCAUGAACGUAUACAUUGAAGAUAGCUAUGUCUUGGAAGGAAACAAACAGUUAAUCAGAGAAACAGCCACACAUCAGUUAAAUUCAGAGCGAUAUGUUCACACUUUUAAAGAUCUGUCCAAUUUCUCAGGAUCAAUAAACGUUUCCUAUCGCUAUCUGGCUGGCACACCUUUGCUCAGAAAAAGAUAUCUUACCAUUGGACUAUCCUCUGUUAAAAGGAAAAAAGGGAACUAUUUGCUUGAGACAAUUAAGUCCAUAUUUGAGCAGUCAAGUUAUGAGGAGCUGAAAGAAAUUGCAGUUGUGGUGCACCUAGCUGAGUUUGACUCAUCUUGGUGUGAUGGGAUGGUUCAAGAUAUUUCACAGAAAUUUGCUCAUCACAUAAUUGCUGGCAGGUUAAUGGUGAUUCACACUCCCGAAGAGUACUAUCCAAUAUUGGAUGGCCUUAAGAGAAAUUACAAUGACCCAGAAGAUCGUGUGAGGUUCCGUUCCAAGCAAAAUGUAGAUUAUGCUUUCUUGCUCAACUUCUGUGCUAAUCUUUCUGAUUAUUACAUGAUGUUAGAAGAUGAUGUUCGAUGUGCCAGAAACUUCUUAACUGUAGUCAAAAAAGUCAUAGCUUCACGAGAAGGAACCUACUGGGUGACAUUAGAAUUUUCCAAGUUGGGUUACAUUGGGAAACUAUAUCAUUCCCAUGACCUGCCCCGCCUGGCACAUUUCUUGCUAAUGUUCUAUCAGGAAAUGCCUUGUGAUUGGCUGCUAAUACAUUUCCGGGGGCUACUGGCACAAAAGGAUGUGAUACGUUUCAAGCCUUCUCUCUUCCAGCAUAUGGGAUAUUAUUCAUCUUACAAAGGAGCAGAGAAUAAAUUAAAAGAUGAUGACUUUGAAGAAGAUUCAUUUGACAUCCCUGACAACCCACCUGCCAACCUGCACACGAACAUGAAUGUCUUUGAAAAUUAUGAAGCAAGCAAGGCUUACAGUAGUGUUGAUGAAUACUUCUGGGGAAAGGCACCCUCAACUGGAGAUUUCUAUGUAAUUGUCUUUGAAAAGCCAAUUAAAAUCAAUAGAAUUAAAGUUGUCACUGGAACAGAAGACCGACAAAAUGAUAUCUUGCAUCACGGAGCUUUAGAAGUUGGAGAAAAAAUUGUUGGGGGCAAAAAGGGAAGACAAUGUACUACUUACUUACGACUAGGGGAGUUUAAAAAUGGAAACUUUGAAAUUACAGAAGUAGAGCACAAAGUUCUUUUUGAUAUUAACUGUAUGAGAAUACUCAUUACCAAAAGCCAAAAGGAAUGGUUGAUCAUUAGGAGUAUUAGCAUAUGGACUUCACAGCCACCAAAUCAAUAAAAUAACUCUGCCGCAUAUACUUAUUAAGAACUAAGGACUAUAACUUGGAUUCCGAAAGGAAGGCAGUCCCCACCAGCUCUUUGCCUCUGACACGGGCAAUCUGGGCAAUCUGGGAAAUCACAAAACAAACAAAGCAAUCUAUUUUUUACUAGUUCAGUCAGGCAAUAUACAAUGACUAGUUUGUUGGAAUGUUUGAAUUUUAUAGCAAGUGCAAACAUGUUCCCAUCCAUUUCUUAAACUCUAAAUCCACUUCUCUGUUGUUUUUAUUUCCCCUUGGGGAAGAACAAUGUACUAAACAGAGCAAAUGCUACUUCAUUAUUUAAAGGUUUUGUAGGUCUUUGCCAGUAUAUUGUCAAAAGAAUUUGACUCCAUCUUAUCCAUAUAUAAAUUAAAAAUGCCAUGGUGGUUUGUGUGUGUACA